AAGACCGUUUCCUGGUCUUCGUUCCCACUUUUCGGUCGCCAGAUUCGUGAACACUGGAACUACGACGAAAGGGCUGCACAAGAAGACAACGAGGUUGCCUGUAUGUGGGCCAACGCCAACGCUUUCGCUGCGCGCGUCACAGCCACCGCAUCUGCAUUCGACAGUUCCGACCCACGCGACUUUUCAUUAUACGCAAUCUGGGCAUUGAGGGCGGCGUUAGAAGACAAAGAUGAUGUGCCCGAUGCCACAGUACGAGCAGCCGCAAUGUGGAUAUUGUAUGCUGGCGAAGUGUUGAGGAAACAGAGCAAAGGCAAGAGAAGCUACGAGGGCAAAGUCGCCCAAGCAGGGAACAAGUACCCGAAUAAGGAGUGGAAUGGGUUCGAGAUGGACAGAUGGAGGAGUUGGAACAAUCGC